AAUUUGUAUAUAUAAUCGUGUAAACAUAAAGUAUGACGACGUGUCAAAAUGGCCGAUCUUAACAAAGAACUAAAUGAAUAUCUUCUUAGCAGCAAAAACGAAAAACAAUUUAAAAUUACUGUACCUGCGGUGACAAUACCGGUGAAAACAAAUAUUGGAAAAUGGUUUGGAAAAGGUGAAGAAGACAAAGAAGAAACAGGAUGGAUUCAAGGAGCACAAAAAGAAUGUUGUCCUAGUAUGACAAGAAUACAAAGGCUAAUAGCAUUUGUUGUGUGCUUUUCUAUGGGUGUACUUUGCUUCUGUCUAUCAGCGAUUUAUAUUCCGGUAUUAUUAUUAAAAGCGAGAAAGUUUGCACUUUUGUACACCUUAGGAAGUGUUUUCUUCUUAUCAAGCUUUUGCUUCCUUUUGGGUCCAUUGAGUUAUUUAAAAUCAUUAUUUACUGCUGAAAGAAGGUGCUUUAGUAUAUCCUACUUUGCAACUUUGAUAGGAACACUUUAUUGUGCUCUUCAUUUACAAUCUACACCAUUAACAGUACUGUGUGCUGUUUUGCAAUUAAUAGCUAUGAUAUCAUUCUUAGUAAGUCAUAUACCAGGAGGAACAAAAGGUCUAAUGUUUUUUACAAGAAUGUUUAAAUCUUCUGUAAAUUCUACAUUGCCUGUGUGAUAUUAUAGUUUCUUAGGUAUUAAAUAUAUGUGAAAUAAAUAUUCUUUGUAUCUUUAA